AUGGCCGUGAAGAUGCUCCACUCCAGAAGAGCCUCUCUCUUCCCCAGCACAAAUAACAUCCCAGCUCUCCCACCCCACCCAGUCCCCUCUGCAUCCCCCCAGUCACAUCCCAAGAGCCCAGCCUCCCAUAGGGUUGUUGCAGGAUUGAUCAGCCGGGAGGUAGACACCGGCCAGUACAUAAUUCCCACUGAGGAGCCAGAGGAGCCUGCCACUGCUCACCAUGCUCACCGCAGACGCCACCUCAAGCGCUUCAGCUCCAGGUGGUACUCAGGCGCUCCUUCUGGUGGCCCCUUUGAUAGCACCCAUAGCCCCAACCAAGGCACAAGUGGUGAGAACAAGCCCCACAAGCCGCGCUGCAAACUUCUAGGUGAAGGGAGGUCAAAUUACGGUACCGCCAACAAGCAGCGUCAACGCUACGUCACCAAAGACGGGAAGUGCCAAGUGAACCUGGGCCCCAUCGAGGACAAGAGCCGUUUCCUCUCGGACAUCUUCACCACUCUGGUGGACCUGAAGUACCGCUGGUUCCUCUUUGUCUUUACCAUGUGCUACAUUGUUACGUGGGUGGCCUUCGCAGAGAUCUAUUUCCUAGACGCCUGGCUGCGGGACGACGUGGCCCACGUCCACGACCCGCAAUGGCAGCCGUGCUUCGAGAACGUGGACAGUUUCAUCUCCGCCCUGCUUCUGUCGGUGGAGAGCCAGAGGACCAUUGGCUACGGCUCCAGAUUGGUGACGGCCAACUGCAUGGAGGGAGUGGUUCUCCUCAUGGCCCAGUCUAUCAUUGGCUCAAUCAUUGACGCCCUCAUGGUCGGCUGCAUGUUCGUCAAAAUCUCCAGGCCUCAGAAAAGGGCCCAGACUCUGAUCUUCAGCAAACACUGUGUCAUAUCGGAGCGUGACGAGAAACUCUGCCUUCUCUUCCGCAUUGGAGACCUGAGGGCGAGUCACAUGGUGGACGCCAAGAUUCGAGCCAAGCUUAUUAAGUCCAGACAGACCAAGGAAGGGGAGUUCAUACCGCUGGAGCAGUCCGAGAUCAACCUGGGCUACGAUACCGGAGGAGACAGGCUUCUGUUGGUCGAGCCUCAGACCAUCACCCAUGUCAUCAAUGAAAGCAGUCCCUUCUGGGAAAUAGGGGCUGAGCGUCUGACAAGGGAGAGAUUUGAGAUCAUCAUCAUUCUGGAGGGAAUCGUGGAGGCAUCAGGUAUGACAUGCCAAGCCAGAACCUCUUAUACUGAGGAGGAGAUUCUGUGGGGCCACAGAUUUGAAUCCUGCAUGUCUCUGGAAAAAGGGUCUUACCGGGUGGACCAUAGUGUAUUUGAUAAAACCUUCCCAGUACAUACCCUCACCCUUAGUGCUAAAGAGAAGAGUGAUGAAAAAGAAGACGAGGUCCUAUUUUAG